AAACCAACAUCGCUUACGUUCCAACUCACCGUAAGUUUUCCCGCCUGCGAUCCCCACCGCGUUUCUCAUGUAAGCCUUCUUUUCGCCGUCUUCAGCCCCAGCAGUGCACGCCAUCGGCGUUCAGCAUGGCGUACUCGACCCUGGUCCGGCGCCACUCGAGGGCCAUGCGCAGUUCAUCGACGCUCAGGGGCUGCCUGGCGUUCGCGCUGCUCGUCAGUGGCGCCAGCCUGUUUCUGUUCCAGUUCAGGCUGGAGACGCAGCGAAGCCUCGGUGACGCCGGUCUGCCCUGGGUCAAGGAGCGACUACGGGCUGAAAGGCUGAACGGGUCUCGACGAGAAGGUCGCGCGGAGCGAGUCAAGCGAAUCAUGGAGCGGCAGAUCUUCAGGGACGAGCCUUCUGCGAACCAUCUGCACGACGCCACGCCGGGCUCUUUGGUGGCUCGACGUGUCCUGCCCUGGUUCAUGCGCAACGGGUCGCUGCGUCCCGAACCAUCCAGCAAGCUGUCCCGCCUGCCUCGGAUCUGGCCACGACCCGACAGCACCGGGGACGACCGCAUCGUGGAGCAACUGAUGUACCUGCCCCCGCACUACUCUCACCUGCAGUCUGGCGCCAAAGAUGUCCGGCUGAAGAAGAUAAUACUUCGGGGCGGCUGGCACGACUUCCUGAAGGGCCAGGCCCUCUUCCUGAGGGACAAGUGCCCCGUCAACGCGUGCGAGGUCUACUCGGAGACCGGGGACAUGUGGACCGACAAUAGCAUCGACGCGGUCAUCUUCAAGGACCACUUCACGGCCAGGGAAAGGAAGCCCGGGGCGAGGCACCAGAUCUGGAUCCUCUACCUCCUGGAGAAUCCGACCAACACGUUCGUCCGCUCUGCGGGGCCGUUGAUCAACUGGACUGCCACGUACAGGAAGGACUCGGUCCUCGUGACCCCGUACGAGAAGUUCGUGCUCUUCGACCCGCUGGUCAAGAAGCGGCCCUUGAACGGCGUCAACUACGCCACCAACAAGACCAAGAUGGUGGCCUGGUUCGUCUCCAACUGCGGCGCAAGUAACGGGCGCUUGGAAUAUGCCCACGAGCUCCAGAAGUACGUACAGGUGGACAUCUACGGCGACUGCGGAACCCUCAAGUGCGAGCGCCACGAAUCGGAGAACUGUCUGCGAAUGUUGGACAGGGACUACCGGUUCUACCUGGCCUUUGAGAACGCAAACUGCAAGGACUACAUCACCGAGAAACUGUACAACGCAUUACGGCACUACGUGGUCCCUAUCGUGAUGGGUGCCAGCAGCGACGAGUACUACAACGCUGCCCCGGCCAACUCCUACAUCCACGUGGACGACUUUGCGAGCCCCCGCGACCUCGCCUGGUACCUCAGGAGGCUGAGCACCAAUGACACCCUCUACAAUCAGUACUUUGCCUGGAAGGGCACCGGAGAGUUCAUCAACACCUACUUUUGGUGUCGGCUGUGUGCCCUGCUCCACGCUCCCCCGGCCGGAGCUCCGCCCCCUUACGAGGACAUCGGCCAGUGGUGGAAGGGCAAAGGGGUAUGCGCCAAGGAGCCGCAGUGGCCACGGCAGCUGGCCAAGUCUCGCUCACGACACCAUGAAAGCGUCUCUGUGGAGACGUUGGAGCACGCAUGAGUUUGUCAU